CAAAGACUGAUCUUCAGAGUCUUGAGGACUUCGCAACAAAACAAAGCUAGCUGCAGAUGGAAGUUUGCCCAGACUGUGGAAUGUUGUUGCAAUAUGAGUUGCCUCAUAUGGACCGUCCAGCCAGAUUCUUUUGCCCUGCAUGCCCUUUCGUAUGUAACUUAGAGAACCGGCUUAAGAUGAAGAAAAGGCAGCCUUUGGUUAAGAAACAAAUGGAUCCAGUGAUUUCGACAGAAGACAUGGAUAAUGCUUCGACUGCUGAAGUUCCGUGUCCGGCGUGUGGUUACAGGGAAGCUGCAUAUUAUCAAGUGCAGAUAAGGUCAGCAGAUGAGCCUAUGACUACAUUUUACAAAUGCAAGAACAAGAUGUGUGGAAACAAUUGGAGAGAAGACUGAAAUGGUUUUAAGAAACAACUGUGUAUUCUUCAAUAGUUUCUUGGUACCAUUUCUCGGUUUGUGCGUAUCAUCCUAGCACAGGCAGGGGCCAUGUUGAUCUUGUCUGUAUCGUUCCAAUUUUAUUGGAUGUCCAUAGAGGGACCUGUAUUCUGCAAAAGUUGUGCACUCUUUAAGUCCAAGCUUUGGUCCCCAAUAACCUAAUUUGAACUUGUUAUG